GAUUCUUUAUUCGUUCUCAAUAUGAAAAUUCACAACGUUAUUUUCUUUGUUACUCUUUUUGCUUCUUUGGAAGCAAGUGUUAAGCAAUGUUACUGCACUUACAACAAACUCAAUUGUAAGUCAGGCAUCAUAAGUUGUGGUCCAGGUGAUUUUAGUUGUAUGGCAGCCAAGACUGAAAUCAAUGGUGUCACUGUAAAAGUUCAAGGGUGUAUUGAUAGUUACGAUUCUAAAGGUCAGAAGUCUUGUGAAGACAUCAACAAAUUUGGCGAUGGUGUCGUUGAACAUGUGAAAGGAUGCGUCGAGAGUGGAGACCUUGAAGUUAAGAAAAAUUGCAAAUACAUUGACAGUCUUCCAGAUGGGUCGUGUUACAUAUGCACUACGGAUCUUUGCAAUUCAGAAUAAAAACAAAAAAUACUA